AUAAACAAACAAAGGGAAUAGCAAACGCAGCCACAACAACAACAACAGCAAGAACAGCAUCACGAUGCCCGAGCCCUUGGGCAUGCUGUGGUCCAUGCCAGAGACAAAGAAGAAGGCGCCCAUUAUCAAGGUAUCCUGCGGCAUCGGCGACACGGACGGCUUUCCCGCUUUCGAUGUCGAAUCGGAUGCCUACGACUCGAAGGAUGAUGAGAAGUGGGGUUUUCUGAUAACCGGUGGCGCCGAAUUUCAUAUGCCCUUAACUGUCUUUCAGGUAACGCCCAAUGGUAUAGCCGACAAAUCGGGCAUACGUCUGGGCGAUAUAAUACUCGAGAUUAACGAAGAGGACGCCACGCAGCUGACUUUGGCCCAGGCACACGAGCGCAUCAACGCGACGCCCAAGAAAGUGCAGCUCAUCAUGCGCAACAUGGAUGAGGAUGACCCGACAGGCAUGUUUGAGGCCGGCGAGGAGAAGUCGAUUGUGAUGCGCGUGCCCAAGCCAAUGCCACCGCCAAAGGCAUCGCUUGCUUCUCGCUCCGGUCGCGUGCUGCCCAGUUCCAUUGAGAUGCGUCUGCUGGAAAUGCAGCGCAAACUCUCCGCCAUAGCUGAGAUACCCAGAAUACUUACCUCGACGCUGGAGACUGUCUCACAGUCCUUUGGCAGCCUACAGGACGAGGAGCUGUCCUGCAUGCAGCGUAAAUGCUCCUACGACGAGGAUGCGCUCGACUAUGAGCUGGCCAGUGAGGAUAACGCUGACACAGAGGAGGAGGUGGAGGAAGAAGAUGAUCUGGUGCAGGUGCCAGACGAUGCUGAUGACGACGGUGAAGAGCAGCUGUUGCAACAAUGUGCAGCCAAGCAGCUAAAAGAUUUGACGCCGGAAUCCGAUUAUGCAUCGGAAGUCAAUUACACGGCAAAUGAGCUGAAUGAUGAGCUAGCCGUGGAGCUGGAUGAAGCUCAAGAUGAGGAUGAAUCAGCUCUCAAAACAGUCUACUAUAUGAAACUGCCAGCUAGCUACAGUCACGAUGAUGAGCAUGAGGAGAAGGAGGUGGAUGGGGAUGACGAAGACGAUGACGAUGACAGCGAUUUCCUGAGCACCACUUACACCUGGAAUCUGCGAAAUGUGCCCAAGCUGCGCGUUAGCGAUGCUGAAAGCCCGCAGCUGGAGACGCCUGACAAUGCGGCUGACACAUCAAAGGUGCGCCCACCAACGCCUACGCCAGCGCCCACACCCUCAGCCACGUCCAUGCUGGAGGCCACAAUGACAUCGCCAACCGAGUCGCAAAAGCUGCUCUUCAAGCUGGAUAACCUGGAGCGCAGUUGGCCCUGGGCGGAUCGUGAAAAAAUCAUUUACAAGCAAUCAACUUGUCAUCUGGCGUCACGCAAGCCACUGGGCAUUGUGGGCCAGCGCGUGCAGUUGCUGGCCAAGCAGGAGCUGCAGCUCAAGGAUAAGACGCAGUAGGCCAAAAACGCAUUGACUUCUAACUGCGGCUGCAGCUGGCAGGCAGCCAACUUUUAAUUGAGUUCAUUAUGCAAAUGCGUCAGCUGCAAAAGACAACUUUUCACAGCCGUCACACGCGGCGUAUGCGCAAUUUCUACAUUUCAACUACGCUAAAGACACUGCCUGCUGAAGUAGUUUUAUUAGAUUUGUUUUAAAUUAAAUUCUGCUGUUUUAACAUGUCCCAAUUAUCAUGUAAAAGU